AUUAGCAGGCCGGCGGCCCAAAUUUCAAAAGAAUCACAAAACCCCAGACUUGCACUUUUAACGACACAGAUUUGCGACCAUUUUCAGUUCGUCUUUGUUCUCUGACAGGUCCGAUGGAGAGGACAGAGGAUGAGGUGAUGGCCGAGCGGCUAGUGGAGACUCGAGCAAGAAAUAUAAGCCACAAUGUGAGGUGUACUGAGUGUGGUAGUCAGUCCAUUGAGGAUUCACAAGCUGACAUUGCUAUUCUCCUUCGUAAGUUAAUACGUGACGAAAUUCGGUCGGGUAAAAGUGACAAAGAAAUCUUCAAGAAGCUGGAGGAUGAUUUUGGCGAGAGCGUGCUUUACACGCCAAAGUUCGACAUGCAAACUGCAGCUCUGUGGCUGUCCCCGCUUGUGUUUGCAGGUACUGCAGGAGGUGUGUGGGCGUACAAAAGGUACAAGCGGAAAACGAACGUGCACAUAAUGGCCUUAAACCUCGUGAGAGGGGUCCCACUAACACCAAAGGAGAAGGAGACUAUGUUGGAUCUCCUCAUGCCAUCUUCUUCUCAAGCAACUUCUUGGUGGAGAAAAUGGCUUUCUCAAUGAGUUGAGAAUUUGUAUGUGUCCAUUCUAUAUAUCGACAUGCUCAUAAGCUUCAAUGUUCGGGUUUUGUUGCUUAUUUGAAGGGUUAGGGAGAGCGGGUAGACUAUUAAAGAUGUAAUCUUUUGUUCAGUUUUUGUCUUGAAAUAAAUACUUGCUUUGUGGUGUGCUAUGUGAUAUGCUGCUUGUGUUUGUAUAAUUUUUUUGUAUUCUUGGUUUGAUGACAAGAAGUUAACGUUUACCUUAAACCUUUUAUUUUAUUUUCUUAAUUUGGAAC